GCUUACUUCUGCAAAGCACAUGAAGCAAACGGUGACCUUUUUCUUCUCUUCACUUUCUAAAAAGCACCACACUGAGUACUUGUUGUGACUGUUCACUGGAUCAUCUCCAUCAUGGCAGCGUACUUGGAAAGGGUCAAUGCCUUCCUUGAUUCGGAAAAUCCCGUAACGGAGCAGAUGAACAAGAUCACGGAAAAGACUGGAGUCAAGAAACAGCAUCAAUUUUUUGCUUUCGUCGGCGUUAUUCUGCUGUGGUUUAUCUUCGGCUAUGGUGCCUCACUUCUGUGCUCUGUGAUUGGCUUCAUUUACCCUGCAUAUCGCUCACUAAAGGCAUUGGAAUCAAAGGAAGCCGAUGACGACCGCAUCUGCCUGGUCUACUGGGUGAUCUAUGCAUUCUUCAGCGUCAUUGAGUUCUUCUCCGACAUCUUCCUCGGAUGGAUUCCAUUCUACUACCUCCUCAAGUGCGCCUUCCUAGUCUGGUGCAUGGUGCCUGGGCCAGCCAACGGUUCUCUUCUCCUCUACGAGAAGGUGCUCCGUCCAGUCUUCCUCAAGCACGAGAAGCAGAUUGACCAGGUUGCCAACAAGGCUCUAUCCAGUGCCAAGGAGGUCUCAGCUGAGGCUUCAAACAUUGCAACAUCCGCUGCUGACCAAGUCACCGAGUAUGCCGUCCAGGAGGGCCUUCGCCACGUCAAGGAGAAGGGCAUCACUGCCGCCUCGGAGCAGUAAGUUGAGAGAGCAGCAGCGAUUGUGUUCCGUUGGGUGCCUGUUGACCCGUUCCUACCGUAUUGCGGACGUCCGUCAUCGUCGUGUUCUGCUGCCAACGCGUGCCUGACUUGGGUGGCCCUGCCGCUCAACCAGAAUUAGCCGCGUCUAAUGUGCGUUGUGUGUUUGCGAGUAGGCGAGUGCGACAUGCAUAGUAUCGUUAUUUUUUUAUCUUCCCGCUCAUUGUUUGUUGCUGCUGCUGCUGGUUAUACUGCAUGCACGCUCGGAACACGAGACGGUGCCCGUUUACCGCCCGCACGUAGAGGUCUUCAACGGUAGUGCUAGUAGGUAACCGGAAGCCAGUGACAUGUAGUGUCGGCCUAGUUUCUCUGUGCUGUCCGAAGUUGGCUGGACACCUGCUGAUGCUGUACAUGUGUGUCUGUGACUGUCGUUAGCUGUGUCUGUCCGACUCCAUUUCUAUCUACUUGGUCGUGUGUGUGUCUGCACUACCAGGUCCUUCUCCUCUUCUGUUUGAGUUUCUAUUUUUGGUUGAUGUGCUCGUGUGUGUAUAGUGGCCGCUGGCUUCCUUUCUUGUUUUUAGUUCUUUACCUACCGUAUCACCUUUUACUCAGCUAACAUCUCUAACCCAUUUUUCAAUCCAUUUGUGUACUAUUCGAUUAGUGGCCAAUUUUUUUUGAUCAAUGGACAGUGCAGUGUGCAAUUUCAUGCGGAUCACGGAA